CGCUCACCGCCGUUUUGUUCUCUUCACCGUCGUUUUGUAGUUGUUGCUCUCAAACUCCCCGACAUCGAUCGACUCACUCCGCCCGUAAUCAGAAUCAGAAUCAGAAUCAGUAUAACAUGGCUUUCUGCAAUAAGCUAAGCCGCCUCGUAAGGCACCAGAGCGAGACCACCUCCUCCAUCAUUACCUCUCUCAGGUCCUUCUCUUCGGAAGCCGCCACUCACCACAGGUACCACCAGGAGACGCACAGUUUCCUCGAGCCGGAGAGGUACAUCAACAGCUGGGAGCCGCCUAAAGAUCCCAGAGACGCUGAGAGGAUGCUCGCGCAGCUUAGGAGGGACUACGCCAAGAAAGUGAGUCUGUAUCGUAAAGACUACCUUCACGAGAUUGAGAUGCUUAGGGUGGAGAAGCAGCGUAAGGACGAGGCUAGGCUGGUGGCUGAGCGUGCUGCUAAUGAAGAGAGGCGGCGGUUGAAAGCUGUGGCUGCUAAGGUUAGAGCUGAGGAGCGGAAGGUCUUCGAGGAAGAGUUCAGGAGAACCCUGAUGAAAGAAAGAGAGGAGAAGCUGGAGUUCUGGAGAAUGACGGGACUAAAGAGGGAAGAGAAGAAGAAAGAUAAAAAGAAGCUAUUGCACGAGCAAAGUUCAUUGUGGAUCGAACCAAAGGAACUGGAGAAGAAGAUUACGGAAGCUCUGGUUGAGUCCACUACUCUCUAAACCCAAGCCCCUCGUCUUCUUAAUCUUUGUCUGAGAAACAAUCAUUUUUGUAAUUUUGUUGGAGACGACAUAGAGAAAUAAUGCGAAAGCGAUUAGGCGUUUGUGCAUCAAGCACUUAAUGAGUAUUGACGGUCUUGUGACCAAUCUUGUUUAUCAUUAAUAAGAUCGUUUCCUUUUAUUGGUAUCAC